UGAUCCUUCAGAAAUCAUUUUAAUAUUCUGAUUUGCUGCUCAAAAAACAUUUAUGUUGAAAACAGCUGAGUAGAAUUUGUUCAGGUUUCUUUGAUGAAUAUAAAGUUCAAAAGAACAGCAUUUAUCUGAAAUAGAAAUCUUUUGUAACAUUAUAAAUGUUUGAUGCAGCAAAUGUUUUUCGUUUCUCCUCCGUCUUUAUAUCACUCCAUCACUUUCAAAAUGAAUAAAUUCAGAGGAAAAGCAUUGUGUGUAGUCGACUAAACCCUGAUGUGAAACUAAACCCGCGCCUGCACACGCGGAUCCAGCAGAAGAAUGCGGAGCGUCUGGACAGACGAGUCCAUCUGUGUCUCAGUGAGCUCAGACAGAGGUUCAGGAGACGCGUUUGAUUCAGAGCUUCAUGUUAGGAAGUAAAGAAGCAUAUAUUGUUCUCUCAGGAGGAUCAUGCUGCGUUCUGAUGGUCGUCCGUCCUCGUCCGGCGCAGCGGCGGCUCACGCUGACCAUCACUGUGACCCUCUGUAUGUGCAGCUGCUGCCUGACGGAGUAAAGCCUCGCUCCAGCGCUGCAGCUCCAGAUCGAACCUCGGGGGUGAAGCCGCCGCCAGUACCCAAAAAACCUGUCAAACACAGUCUAUCCACACGCUCAUGUGACGUUCCUCCACUGUAUGACAAUAUCAUAGAGAUCCGGUCACCUCCGAUUCCCCCCCGUCCCGCUGCGUCAGAACCCGUCAGAACUGACCCCAGCCCGGGCCUGUACGAGGAGAUCUCAGCGCUGCUGGACCAGCGUCAGGAUGGAGGAGAUGAUUGUGCAGCGCAGGGGAAGCGUUUCUCAUCCUCCGGUUUGACGGAGUCAGAUGGAGGUUUGCACGUCAGAAAUGGGCUGCUGGCAGGUCGGGAAGAUCUGUGUGAUCAUGAGCAGCAGGAGGAUCAGAGCAGACGGGUUCAGCGGAUCCGGUCAGGAGUUCAGCUCUACCAGCACGUUCUGUUUCACCGCGGCACCAGCAUGAUGAACUUCAUCACCCAGCUCAACUGCAUCGCCGACGAACUGGACAAGAUGCUGAAGAAAACGCGCAUCGCAGGCAUCACGGGCGGCACCACGGGGGCCAUCGGAACCGCAGCCGUAGUGGCGGGCAUCGCUCUGGCGCCGGUGACCUUCGGAGCCUCGCUGGCCGUGGCGGGGAUCGGCGUCGGUGUGGCUGCGGCCGGAGGCGUCACCGGAGCAUCAGCUGCCAUCAGCAAGAAAGUCAGAAAGACUCAGGACCGGAGGAAGGUGGAGAAAAUCCUCCGGAGCUACCAGACCCAGAUGGAGGACGUGGAGGAGUGUCUGAAGUUCAUCAUCGGUGAGGUGAAGCGUCUGAGGAGACCGGAGCUCGGGGCCGGCGCCGCAGAUGUGCUGAAGCUGGCAGAGCGGCUCGGAAACUCAGACGUCAUCGAUGCUCUGAGCGAAAACACUCGUGCCGUCCAGGCGUUCACCGCCGAUCUGGAUUCGUACUUCACUAAAGACGACGCGCAGAGGCUGAAGAAGGGCUCGGAGAGCUUGUUCGCCGCUAAGAUCCGAGAGGUGGCUCUGAAACUCAAAGAGAACAUUGACCAGCUCAUACGCAUCAAAAACAUGUUCCAGUGAGAGCGGCUCUGCUAAAGAGCCCAUCACACGACAUGCUUCCGACUGAAUCAGGAAGUCCACAGCUCUGAUUCACUUUUUCACACUUCCGUGUUCCUGGCUUCCGGACCGGCGCUUGCAGGGAAAACGUUUUUCCGGUGACAACGGCGGCCGUACUUAACAAGAAUGAGUUUGAGAAUCAAAGUCUUCUUAUACAAAUUAGAGAUUAUGAAAAUGCUUGAACUGCCGGUACUUUGUAUAAUGUGCACUGGGAAAUUAAAUAUUAAA